UAGCGCAAUGUUUGUCAUUUAAUAUUUAAUCCCGAGCGCAGGGAUUUCGGUUUCCGCACCGUGCCUUUUCCUGGAUGCUGCGAAAACAGGAUUAGGGAGGGUUGAACGGUGUAACAGCACGCCCUAUAUAACACAAGUAUCUGUUGUGUAUAUUGUCACUAUUGAACCUACAUAGCUAGGUAAACGAAAUUUAUCGUCCUAUUACACCAGUUGUAAAACUAGUCUUUGUAAUAGCUAUAUAAUUAAUUGAAAUGGAGCGCUGGAAAGGCAGAGUAGCUCUAGUGACUGGAGCUUCGGUCGGGAUUGGAGCGGCUGUUGCACGGGCACUUGUCCAACACGGCAUGAAGGUUGUCGGAUGUGCCAGGAAUGUUGACAAGAUAGAGAAGCUGGCAGCCGAGUGCCAGAGCGCGGGCUACAGCGGCACGCUGAUCCCCUAUAAGUGUGACCUGUCCUGUGAGGAGGACAUCCUGUCCAUGUUCUCUGCCAUCAAGACACUGCAUCAGGGGGUGGAUGUGUGUAUCAACAAUGCAGGCCUAGCCCACAACGAACCCCUGCUCAGUGGCAAGACCGACGGCUGGAGGAACAUGAUCGAUGUGAAUGUCCUAGCCCUGUCAAUUUGUACCCGCGAGGCCUACCAGUCAAUGAAAGAGCGGAAUGUGGACGAUGGCCACAUCAUCAAUAUUAACAGUAUGGGGGGACAUAGAAUGGUACCUAGUGCAGAUGAACACUUCUACUGUGCCACUAAAUAUGCUGUUACUGCUCUAACGGAGGGGCUACGGCAAGAGCUGCGGGAAGCAAAGACUCACAUCAGAGCCACGUGUAUAUCCCCUGGAAUAGUGGAGACUGAGUUUGCCUUCCGGCACCACAACAGUGAUCCAGAGAAAGCAGCUGCUGUGUAUGAGAGUAUAAAAUGUUUGAAAGCACAAGACAUAGCCAGUGCAGUCACAUACGUUCUGGGCACCCCGCCUCACGUCCAGAUCGGAGAUGUGCAGAUGAGGCCAGUGGAACAGGUGUCAUAGCAACCGAGCAGGAAGGAAUCAGCUGAAGGAGCAGAUAGAGCCAUGGUGACGACUCCUUAGCGACCCCUGCCGGGCAAUGACGAAAAUAAACUAGUAUUCAACUGGAUGUGGAGUGAAGGGAUCUGUUUGAGGAGGCGUGGAGGUGGCUGUGUGUGGUGGGGGGGGAUCUCUGGUGAGGAGAGGGUGGGCAGGUACUCUUAACCACCACUGAAUUACUAUGAGUGCUGCAACAUGGUCUUUGGUGUAUUGCUCUGAAGCCACUGCAAACUUAGGAGAGGAGGGUUGUUGCUCCUGUGGUCAUAUAUUCUACCUGACCAUCCUGACAGAGGGAAGAGUAUGCCAUCAAUUGCGUUUUUGUAAGUCAUAAUACAUAUCUGUUUAAAAUGAUGGAAUAGAACACUGCUAUUCAAUAAAGAAUGAUAAUUAUAUAUAUAUUUUUUUUGUAUAGGUAUUUUAGCUUUGAUUAUUGGUAGAUGUGGCUGAUAUUCUGUACUCCCUAACCAUAGACGCUCAAUCCAUUUCUACGGUCUUAUGUUUUUAAUAACAAGCAGAUUUGGUUAUCCUGGUAUUAAGUCUGCUCGUAUGUUUUUCAAAACCCAUGUCAAGCAUCACUAAUCAGAAAAUGUGUAUAAGGGACAUUCAAGCACGAUUACGCAACCCCAUCACUUUGGAGCAAGUGUAUUUCCCCACUCCCAUAUGAUUUAAAUUGUUUUGCACUUUGGAUCCAUUUGGAGGAGUAUAAAGAAAACACUGUCAUCUUGUCUAGAGGAAGUAACUAACUUGUAUACUCUCCCCAAGUGUGUACUUGUAUGAUAUAGUAGAUGCUUAUCAAUAAAAAUGAUUUAGGGAUUGUCAAA